AUGCUACUCGCCGCUUUUCUAUUCUUGGUUCUCAGCCUCUCGGUUACGUCUACUGACAACGAAAAUGGCGACUACGACCAGUGCUACUUUGAUGCCGGUUAUGUCGGCCCAACGAGCCUUCUUCCCUGCUUACCGGCGAACGAGACAGAUAAUGGCUUCAGUUGGUGCUGCCUGGCAGGUGACUCUUGCGUCAAUCAAGCCUGUUGGAAUCAACCAUCAGGCGUGACUUAUCAGUAUGGUUGUAACGACCCGACUUACAAAGACAAGAGCUGCCCCCUCAAGGGUGACCUCGACCCAGCCAAGUCUCCCUGGAUAGGUCUUGUCCGAUGCGAUACUGAGAACGAGGGCCUUCUUAAAUACUGGGCAUGCAACCAUCCAGACACCUGCGGCGAAAAUUGCCCGACUGAACCCGACCGACCGCAAGUGACCCAGUCUGUCUGGCCGUGGAUACCCAAGUCCUUGCCACCCAACACAGACUGCAAAGAUCUAGGAAAGCGAGUUUUGGCAAUUUAUGCCCCCAAUCCACUUGGCUCGACCGGUGGUGUACCGUCAGUGUACACGGCUGCAGCAGACAAACCGAGUCCAUCGAUGCCGCCAUUGCAAAGCAGUGGCACAACGGCAUAUUUGGCUUCCUCGUCAAUGUCUAUCUCUGUUUCCGAUCCUACAAGUUCCGUCAUCAACGUCACAUCUUCCACAACCGCCACCGCUACAUCUGUGGACUCUGAGACGAGCAGCUCAACCCUGGGCACCGGUGCUAUCGCUGGCAUUGCCGUCUCCUCCACUAUUGUCCUCGGAGCAGCCUUGUUGGUCGCCUUCAUGCUACUCCGACGCCGUCGCUCCCGACAGGAUCCAGUCUUUAAUACACAUGAGGACGAGACCUAUAACCAUGACCAGCCUGGUCCUGCAGAGUUGCCCGACGAGAAACACAACCUCAUAAGCCCCCACACCGUAUCCACAAUUUCGGAGCCAGGUCAACACCGGCCAGUCUCAGACAUGACUCUGAGCGUGGAUUCACCCAGUCCGCUCAGCACGCCGAGAACUCCAGGCUCUCCGUACUACUAUCACGGCAUCGGCCAACCUCUUUCUGAGUUGGCGGAUCAGCCGAGGGCUAUACAUGAGAUGCCGGCCAUCAAUGAGCGGGUUGAAAUGGCUUGA